CCAAGUUCACCUGGAGCGCCAUCUGAGCGCGUCGUAUUGAUCCGGCGUCGCUGUGACGUCACGGUGUCCGGUCAAAAUGGCGAUGUUAUGGCUGAUGCUAGUGGGCCUUUCGGUCGUCUGUCAGGGUCACCCUGGCAUCCAGAUACAGGACCUCGACGACGAAUUGUACACGGAGGUGCGGGACCUUCUCAACAAACAUGCGACACACCGCGCGCCUGCCAACGCCCUCAGCCGUCCGAAGGAGGUGGUGGGUUGGCCCCGGCCACUGCCGCACCUGGGUCAGGUGACUGGGGUGGCUGUGAACUCGCGCGGACAGCCAGUCAUCUUCCACAGGGGGCCGAGGGUCUGGGACACGAGCUGUUUCAACGCGAGCCACCACUUCCAGCACGUGGCUGAGGGUCCGAUCGCUGUGUCGACUGUUCUGACCCUUGAACCAGAGACAGGCGCAGUCAUCGGCGACUGGGGACGCAAUCUCUUCUACAUGCCGCACGGAAUAACGCUGAACGCCGAGGACAACGUCUGGCUGACGGAUGUGGCGCUCCACCAGGUGUUCAAGUUCCGACCCGGAGAGACGUUCCCUGCCCUGACUCUGGGGGAGCCGUUCAGCCCUGGUGACGGUCCCACGCGCCUCUGCCAGCCCACGGCGGUGGCCGUCGCCAGUUCCGGACAGGCGUUCGUGGCCGACGGCAACUGUAACCACAGGGUGCUGAUGCUGAGCCCCCGAGGUCGGCUGAUACGACUCAUUCCACUGCCGUCAGAAUUCCUGUCCCUGCAAGUACCACACGGCCUGGCUCUGAUCGAGGCCCUGGACCUGCUUUGCAUUGCGGAUCGUGAGAACAUGCGAGUCGCCUGUCCUCGAGCUGGCCUCGUGCCCUACAUGAGCGCUCAGCCCGUCAGCAUCCAGGCUGCAGACCUGGGGAGAGUUUUCGGGGUCGUGGCUGUAGGGGGCUUGGUGUACGCCGUAAACGGACCGACGUCCCUUCAGAUCCCGGUGAGAGGGUUCACGCUGGACCCGCGCUCCGAGACUGCGAUAGAUCGAUGGGGACCGUCCGCGGGUUUCCGAAGUCCACACGGCAUCGCGAUCAGCCCCAAUGGGACGGCGAUGUACGUCACAGAGAUCGGCCCCAACAAAGUGUGGAAGUUCUCUCUUGCCGGUGGCGGCGUACAGUAACAACAGCGAAGGCCACCUCGGUAUCCGGACCUCGGAUUCUGAAAAAAAGUUGACGGCAUCCCAACAUAAAAAGAUAGCCCAGAUAUUUCGGGUCGCAUUCAGAAUCGCUUAGAUCUCAGCAAUCUAAAACUUUGGGCAACGCGUGGGAAGGCAGCCAUUAUUUCUCGCUGCGUGACUGUCAACUUUUCUCCGCUUGUAGAUCCUCGUAUUUAUGUAUCACCACAAUUGUGAAAGGACCCGCUGGGUCAAAUGCUAACCUAACCUAACCUAACCUUCCGCUUCGGCGAUAAUUACCGAUUUGUUAGCAAUGCGUGGCCCGCGAACCUCUUUAAAUUCAGAAUAAGUGUCACGAUAAAGCAGUCACUUUGCUUUCCGGAGGUCCCGGGUUCAAAUCUCGGCCUAGAACACCGAAUAUUCUGAUCUGUCUUGGAGUUUACAGCUCUUCCUACAGAUGAAUGCCGGGGCGUAGCCUCACAACAUUCCGCGGAAACUUAGAAUCACAGUCUUUCCGAAAUCAUAAUGAACAAAUUAAUUUACCACUCGGAAAAUUCGGUAUCGAUAAGAUCAAUCGAUAGUGUUCGGACAUCACCGCGCGUACCGACGAGGUAUCACGGGCAAUGUUUUGCACAUCUUUUUGCUGGACCGCACGCUCUAAAUCCCAAGGAGAGCGAUGCCUCUGUCCUUCUUUUACCGAAGGGGUCCGCGGGCCAGUAGUUGUGAACCAGCAACGAAAAAAUAAACAUAUUUUAGUGAUCA